ACGCUGCUUUUUGGCUUCAUGUGCAGAGCCAGUGCGGACAGACAGAGAGGAGAGACAUGACGGUGGACGCACAUACGAGCAACAUGAGGGGAGGUACCUCAGCGGGCAGCAGCACACAGGAGGGUCCCGGAGGACUGUGGGACUCUGUAAAGAAAGCAACAUUUGUCAUUGGAUCUGGAAUUUUAUUCUUGGCUGCGUUUGGCAACUCGCUAACAUGGCAUCUGCAGAAGUUUUGGGGAGCUUCAGGAGAUUUCUGGCAGAAUUUGUGGACAAAGUUGUAUCUUGCAUUUGAGGGUCAUGAUGCUGCUUUGUUCUACUUGGGGACCAUGUUGAUCCCUACUUUAGCGUUCUGGGGGUCCAAUGCUCUGCUGCUGCUGGUGGACACCACCGGUAAACCCUCAUUUAUCACCCGUUACCGCAUCCAGGUGGACAAGAACAACCCGGUGGAUCCAGCCAAGCUCCGUCAUGCACUGAAGACGGUCCUCUUCAACCAGGUCUUCAUCUCGGGCCCCAUGGUGGUGGUCGCUUACUACAUAAUGAGCUGGAGAGGAACCCCCUGUGGACCCGAGCUGCCCACCUUCCACUGGGGCCUGACAGAGCUCGCCAUCUUCGGCAUCUUGGAAGAAAUCCUGUUUUACUACUCACACAGACUGUUCCACCACCCGAGCCUCUACAAGCAUUUCCACAAACAGCACCAUGAGUGGACGGCCCCCAUCGGAGUGGUGUCCAUCUACGCUCAUCCUCUGGAGCAUGUGAUCUCCAACAUGCUGCCUGUGGUGAUUGGCCCCGUGCUCCUGGGCUCCCACGUGUCCACCACCUGCAUGUGGUACUGCCUGGCUCUGGUCAGCACCACCAUCUCCCACUGUGGAUACCACCUGCCCUUCCUGCCCUCCCCAGAGUUCCAUGACUUCCACCACCUCAGGUUUAACCAGUGUUUCGGGGUUUUGGGUGUUCUGGAUAGGCUGCACGGCACUGACACUAAAUUCCGACAGACGAAGCAGUAUGAGCGCCACACGCUGCUCACCAGCCUCACCCCGCUGAUGGAGAGCAUCCCCGACACACCCAAGAAAGGCCAGUGAGGACCGCUGACGACCGCUUCCAUACAACUGACUAAAUGUUCUAAUUAAUCUUAAAUACAGAUUUUAAUUAAGACAAUCCUGAAAACCUAAAAUGACAAAUGUUUUCUUGCACUUUGACAGACCUGCAGGUUAGUGUCCGCUCUAGCAUCAUGUCGUCACAGAUAGCUCAGAUAGCAGCGGGGUGUUGAUCCAAUAGGUCGUUUACAUUUUCCACCAAACAUCCUCUGAUCAGGACUUGAUGAAAAGUGUUGGUUUUGAACCAGGCCUUCAGACAGACACGGCACUCAUAUCAUGAACUUGUUCAUCCUAUCACUUCUGUCCUUUUGACGUGGUUCAAACCAAACUAGUAGGAAGCAGAGCAGUCUGACUAAACCACUCCAACCAUGAUCAGUGAGAACCAGCCUGAGGAAUAAACAGAAGGCCAGGGUUUAUACGAAGACAGCCACGAGGCUUUUAUUAUGUUUCACUCUGGAAAACACAAAGAUGAUCAUUUCAUUAUAAACAGGUUAAAACAAUAGUCCCUCUGUCUGAAAAGUCAUCUCGUGUCCUACAUUACAUAGUAAUUUCUGUAUUACAAACAUGUCAACAGUGUAUUAAGCCGUACAAACUAAUCUUGUACAAUCAGUGAUUUUUUAAACUAAUAUUCUAGGCACUAGAUACUGUAAGACUUAAAGCUCAGAGGUCCAGAUUCACCCUCCUUCACUUUCUGCUCUGAAUAAACAGAACCUACUUUGACUAAAUGUCUGUACAUUUGCACUUUGACCACACAAACACUUACAUGAAUGUUGAAUGUGUCUUUGGAUUAGAGAACGCCUGUAACGGUUUUAUCAGGACAUGAACGUUUAAAGAUAUAUUUCAUUUGAAGAGAUUCCUCAGCUGUGAUUUAUAUUUUAGUGUUUAAUCUAUGGACUGGACUGUUUAUUAAAACAUUUUAAUCAAGU